GGAGUCGAGGCUGGCAUGAAUGAUGGGCGUGAUCGGUCAAUGAUUGCUCAUUAUUUUUGUUUACACGACGACCGCAAACGUAAACGGAGAAGUUUGCAAAUUGCAUAGUGUUUUUGAUACAUUUCCAGUGUUUUGGAAAUACCUAGUGCUGGUACAUACAUGCAGUUGCAUCCAUCGAUCUUUCGCAAGUUAAUACCAAAAAUAAAAAAAAGUAAUUUUGUGGUGACUUGGUAAGACAACUGCUACCAUGGCAGACAACGGCAAUGUCCCAAUGAUGAAGCGUUCAACCUACGAUGAAGAUGAUCAAACGUCAGCCGGUAAACGACAACGGAAGAUCGUGAGGGUCUGGUGUGAUGGAUGCUAUGAUCUUGUUCAUUUCGGGCACGCCAACUCCCUCCGCCAGGCCAAACAAAUGGGAGACUAUCUUAUCGUCGGUGUUCACUCAGACGCUGAAAUUAUGGAGCAUAAAGGUCCACCGGUCAUCAACGAGAAGGAACGCUACGCCAUGGUGCGCGCAAUCAAAUGGGUGGACGAGGUCAUAGAGGGCGCCCCCUAUGUUACUGAAAUCGAAACGCUGGACAAGUACAACUGCGACUUCUGCGUUCAUGGAAAUGACAUUACGCUAGAUGUAGAUGGAAACGACACGUAUCGCAAAGUGAAAGCCGCAGGAAGAUACAAGGAAUGUCAAAGAACAGCUGGAGUCUCAACCACAGACCUUGUUGGCAGAAUGCUGCUUAUGACGAAAACACAUCAUAUGAUAGGUCAUGACGUUCCGUCACGUAGUAGUGGCGAUAAUCCUAGCAUCAACAUCUUGCAGUGCUCUGUAGCUCUAGGGAGUGAAAUUUCUUUGGGAAAACUAAAGCAAAAAAGUUGUUCGAGCAUGAGCAGUCCCUACACGGGCGUGUCUCAAUUCCUCCCCACCACGCGUAAGAUCAUCCAGUUUGCCGGGGGUAAGGAGCCCGCCCCAGGAGACACCAUUGUCUACUGUCCUGGUGCCUUCGACCUCUUCCACGCGGGCCAUGCGGCGUUCUUGCGGGAGGCUAGGAAAAUGGGAGACUUCCUGAUAGUCGGCCUGCAUACAGACAAGGAGGUGAAUCGAUAUGAUGGAGGCAACUACCCUAUCAUGAACCUACAUGAGAGAACGCUCAGUGUACUAGCAUGCAGGUAUGUUGAUGAGGUUGUCAUCGGUGCCCCGCCAGAGAUUACCGGUGAUCUCCUGGAUCAUUUCAAGGUCAACGUGGUCGUUCAGGGCAUGACGCACAUACAACCCGUGGCUGAUGGCGUUGAUCCAUAUGAGGAGCCAAAGAAACGUGGAACACUGAAGUUAAUAGACUCCAAAAGUGACUUGUCAACAGCUAAAAUUGUUGCUCGCAUCAUCGAAAACAGGAUUCGCUUCCAACAGCGCAAUAAGAAGAAGCAGGAGAAAGAACUGCGCAUGAUCCAACUGCUGGAGAGGCGCCGAUCGGAAGACGUAGAGAGGAGGAAAUCGGAGGAACUACAGAGGCACAAGACAGAGGCGAGAGAGCAGGGCAGACAGGAUACAGUGGAGGAGGUCUUUGAAUAGAGGGGGGGUUGACAAAAUUAUGCCAGAGAUUUAAACCAGUUCGCGUUGGAUGACGUGUUAACACGAUCUGGCUGUGUCUAUACACAGGCACGGCUGACGGUUUAAAACUUCAAGCAUACCUUGAUUCGUCUCCGGAUGACAUCUUAACAUGCUAAUCCCCAAGUUGUUUUUCAAACACACAAAGUCCGAGAAGCCUGUGGAUGCGGACCGUGUGUUGUACUUGAACUUGGCCGCUGUGCACUGCCUGUUGUACAACGUACGGUCCAUGGGAACACCCUGGAGUGUUGAAAAAAAUAUGAGGUUGCGGUAAGAAAUACAGUACAAUUUAUACCAUUGAAAUGAUUUUGAAUCAGUGUUUGUGGAGUUUAGCUGUAUAUAUCGAACGUUGGCUGCUGUGUGUCUUGCCUUUUUCCAAAAUCAAAAUUUUCGGCAAAAAUAAUCCUGGCGCGAACUGGUUAAUGAAGUGCAUGUCAAUAUAAAUGUUUUAACACAUCAGCACCUGUAUGUACAAUGUAUUAUAAUGUGUUUAUUCACUAAAAAAUAUUUAAAAAAUAGAGUGCUCAAGCUUUUUGGGACACUACAGUGACUAAAGGGUCAAGUGGUAUAAGCAACAACAUUGUCAAAAUUUGGAUUGCUGCAGUUGUUAUCAACCAUGCAACUCUGCCUCGGAUCCGCUGAUUUCCUCGUUUUAAUCCCAUUUCUGCCACUCAAAAUUGAAAAAACACCGUACAAAGUCUUCUGAUUUUUGCAAUUUCCUUUUGUGAAUUUGCAGUUGACUGCCUGUCGUUUGGAUUGAAUCAAGAGUCUAGUGAAUCAAAUUAUCUAAAUAUUUCAAUACUAAACACCCGAGACUGUUCACUGGCUGUGCAUUUAAUAUAAAUCCUUACUAAAUAGCGCCACGUUGAAAUGUCAUCAUGCUCAUGUAAGGAUUGAUUCUAAAAAAAAGAAUUCAAAAAUGUAAGCUAAGUGUUAAAUAAUUACUUAUAAUAUUCGUGCUGACUUCCUAUUUAUCUGUGUCAAGUUGGAAAGCAUUUGAACUUCAAACGUAAAAGUUAUAGCAAAAAUACUAUUUUUGACCAAAACUGGGCAAAAUAAUUUGAAAAAAAUGUUGUCAUAAGAUUAAUGUGCAAUUUGAGCCAGUGUGAACAACCAGUUUCAGAUUCAGCGCUAUCGAAUUAGUAAAGUUGACCUUAUUCCAAGUUGACACCAAAAGUUAAGACGAACCGCAACUUCCAGACCUGAUACAGAUUUUGGCCAAAAAAAACUGAGGGAAAACCCAAGAUACUAUGGGAAACUUACUAUGGGAAACUUACUAUGGGAAACCUACAACAUCAGGUAUGGAGUGCAAGACUUUGUCCACGUGUUGGCCCGGUUUAGAGUAGAACCUUCAUCACAGAAGUGGCUGUAUGAUAGCUUUUUAAUCAGUUUUAAACGGUAAAUAUGGUGAAAUGUUAAGGUUUUGUUUUAGUUGAAGCAAAUUGUGUUCCGAUAAAUUAUUACAUUUAAGCGAAGUGUUCAAUUUGAUAGUGAACAAUAGCAGCUGAAAGAACUAGUCUGGUAACUUGAUGAGUAUCUGCAUUUAUGCUAAGGCCAUGAGCAGGUCUACCAGACUUAACUAAUCAUCAUGUGCAAUUUUAUGCUCAUGUGUUUAUUUACUUUUUAUCGCAAGGUGUUGGGGUUGAAUAUAAAAUUUGUUAUCAAGUAAUCACAAAAGUUAAUCAGUCUAAAGACAAGCAAUUAUAAUACUAAUACAUUGUAUUAAUACUUAUUAGAGCCUGCCUUAAUUCAUAUCGGAACGAGUUCCGGACAAGUUGCGGGUAGUAUCAUUCACCUUGUCCAGAAAAAGCUCUGCAUUUGGCCCGGACAUGUUCUGAUGAAAUUUUCUUCAGCAACUGCUUGACUCACCAAUACUGAUAACUUCAUUGCGGGAAGAUUGCGGGAAGUUGUUCCGAAUCCUGCAACUUAUACCCGAUACAAUGUCCGCAACAUGCCCAGGAUUCGUGCCAGAUAUUAAUUGAGACAGGCCUUAUGUGUGCUUCAAUUUUUGGGAGAUCUUUAUAAGAAAAUUUGGUUGACGGUAACUUAAACUUUUUAUUAAAUUCUUCCGAGAUACUAUCCAUCAGAAUUAUAUGUUUGAAUGGCCAACACUUUGUCUUUCUGAAAGAUAAAAUAAUACUUGCUUUUAUAAAGCCCUAGGUUAUCAGCAGUGUAUCAUUGCUUUAAAACCUGAAUCAAUUUAAGAAUUGUAGCGCAAUGUUGUUUAUAGUUAAUAUUUUUAUUACACAUUAGAGGUGGCAGUGUAUUGCAUAUAGGUGUUCUCAGUUGUCAGUCUUAAAAUGCAACCCUUUAUCAUGCAAUUUUAAUGGUUUUUGUAAAUUGUGCAUAGCUCUUUGAAUAAAAGAAGAUUAAAUCAUCAAAUAGAUAAUAA